CAAAACACCGUCUUAACAUUUCUCUAUGUUUUAGUGAGGAGUCUGAAUCUGCAGAUCUACCAAGAAUCAGUCGGAAGGAAGCAAUGGCAGCACCGGAUCACCUAUUCAGUCUCCGAAACAAUUUCUACAUAGGAGCUUAUCAGGCUGCCAUCAAUAACAGCGACCUUCCCAAUCUCUCCCCCGACGACGCCGUUGAGCGUGACUGCCUCGUAUACCGCUCUUAUAUUGCCCUUGGCAGCUACCAGCUGGUGAUCAAUGAAAUCGACAAUUCGGCUGCCACUCCGCUCCAGGCGGUAAAAUUGUUGGCCUUGUAUCUCUCCAGCCCUGCAAACAAGGAAUCCACUAUUUCAAGCUUGAAAGAGUGGCUGGCUGAUUCAGCCAUUGGAAACAAUGCCAUUCUGAGGCUGAUUGCUGGAACUAUAUUCAUGCAUGAAGAAGAUUAUAAUGAGGCUCUAAAACACACGAAUGCUGGAGGAACUAUGGAAUUGCAUGCAUUGAAUGUCCAAAUAUUCCUUAAGAUGCACAGGUCAGAUUAUGCAGAGAAACAGCUGAGGUACAUGCAGCAGAUUGACGAGGACCACACAUUAACUCAACUUGCAAAUGCAUGGUUGAAUCUGGCAGUUGGUGGUUCAAAGAUACAGGAAGCAUAUCUCAUCUUCCAAGAUUUCUCUGAGAAGUAUCCAAUGACGUGCUUGAUCUUGAAUGGGAAGGCAGUUUGUUGCAUGCACAUGGGCAACUUUGAUGAAGCUGAGACAUUGUUGCUUGAAGCACUAAACAAGGAUGCGAAGGAUUCUGAGACUUUAGCCAAUCUAGUAGUAUGCAGUCUUCACCUUGGUAAACCCUCGACACGUUAUCUCAGUCAAUUGAAACUUUCACAUCCAGAUCACAUGCUUGUCAAACGUUCAUCAUCUGCAGAAGAGCAUCUUGAAAGGGCAUUGCAAUCAUUUGCUUGAUGCGCAGUUGAUUUUCAUCUUUGUUAUAGCCUGUCCUGUGCUUUUGGGUCGAGUAGCCUAGAAGGCGUGCACAAUUCUCACGGAAAGUAUCUCUUGACUUGGAGCUCAAAGCCGAUUACCAAUGCCAAUUUUCCAAAUCCCUUUUUUGAUAAGGAACCAUCUAUAUGUAUCAUUUGUUAUAGUGAUUUUGAAAUUGAAUAAUUAAAUGAAAAAAAAUGAACUCCUAUAAA